UAAGUCCACAUUUCCUCCAGGACAGGAGAGGGGAACACAAGGCAGCAGUGUCAGCUUGCAUUACUCUCACUUGCUGGUAUCAGGUGUACUUUGAGCAGACUUGUGUUUGGUUGAAAUCGGCCUUGCACAGGAUGGGUGGGGUGGCGUGGUGUGUGUUUGCACAGACAAGGUGGAAUCUGUUGUGAUACGUGCUCGGGCAAGGACCGGGCUCGAAUGGAAUCUAUUUUUUUUUCCCCUACCGCCAACACUUGAGAGGCUGCACACCGGGGGAUUCUUUGGAAAUGUCUGAGUUAAAUGUCACGAUGGAGGCGACCAGUGCCCCCACAAAAAUCCUGGAGAAGGGUCCCGAGUACCUUCGAAAGCAAAUGGAGCUGGAGGGGGAGACCAGAGGACACAUGAGCGCAGUGGAGAGGUUGGCUGCGAGCAAACCCAAGUAUGUGAAGAGCCAGCAGGUGGUCAACUCUAUCCAGGAGCCGGCGAUCAGUCUGGGGUCAGCUUCGGUGAGCAGCACGGGGUCGUCCACCCGGAGCUCGAACCGGGGAAGGAAUGUUCUCGCAGCGGGUGGUGUUGGGAAAAGCUGCUCACCGGGGCAGGUAAGGCGCACCAGCUCCAAAAAGCGCCCGGACUCUCUUCUGCUCUACCGGCAGAAAUGUGAGCUCCUGGGGGGUGCAGCAAAAGACAGGAAACACCAUAUAACACGUAAGCUGCUGGCGAACAACACUGUGAACAAAAAUGCCCCGUUACUUAAGGAGUGUGAGUCUGAGGGAGAUAAGCAAUCGGGCGCCGCCACACCUGAGGAGCGCGGCGCGCAGGGAGCGCAGCCAUGGAGGAGGAGGGGGGUCGAGUCUGGGACAAAGGUGACAGCGGCUCUCCUCACUGUCCCCGAGGGCGAGAGGAGGUCCAGCAGGGGCGUGGGUCGCUCCCACUCGGACAUCAGCUCCAGGUACUCCAAGAACUUCGCGGACUUCGACGCUUUCUUCAUGUACUGCGGGCUGGACGGCGAGAUCAUCGAGUCCCUGGGGCGGGAGAACUUCUCGGCGCGCUCGGAGGAGAUCGCGACCAAAUUCCGCAGCGUGAGCGUGUCCACGACGGAGGGGGGCUUCUCCAAGAACAGCGGGGACAGCGACGGGCUGCUGCAGGUGGAGCUGCACGACAACAUACGCCAGGGGACGUCGGUGAUCGAGCGCAACGCACGGAUUAUCAAGUGGCUGUACAGCUGCAAAAACGCCAAAGACACUGGGAAGAAGUUACGAGACCUUAACUGAGAUGUUGUUGUCUUCCUGCAGUGGCAUAAGCAUGUCUACCUGUGCAUAUAAAACCUUUACAUGUGUGUGUGUGUGUGUGUGUGUGUGUGUGUGUGUGUGUGUGUGUGUGUGUGUGUGUGUGUGUGUGUGUGUGUGACAACUAACUAACAUUCUAUAUCUUGAAAGUGUUUGUUUUCUUGUCAUUUAGAUUGUAAACCAGGUGCAUUUUUCUCAGUCAGAGGGCCGUUCUGUGUCGAAGGUCAAGACUUUGUACUGGAGUUGAGCGAUAUGGUCAAAAAUGAUACUAAGAUCAAAAUGUUGAUUUUAUCACGAUAAUUAACAGGUAUUUAUCAGAAGUACAUGAGAGGCGUGGGUGGAUUUAAACUCUUCUUUUUGAGCGGAGGAUAACCAACAUGAUAAACAUUAUACACAUCUGAGGUAGAUCAAUUAUGUGUUAUUAUGCCUCAUCACUGUGUUUGCACAAUGCAUAGGCAUUAUAUUAAUAUUUAUUGGACUUUAUCGCCCAGCCCCAUUUGUGCAUAUGUGCCCACAUUAGGACACACACAAACACACACACACACACACACACACACACACACACACACACACACACACACACACACACACACACACACACACACACACACACCAUGGAAUUCAAAUUCAGAUUAGUUUAACAAUUUCUUUGAUACCAACAUCAAAAUCGGUAAACUAAUCGUGCUCUCACAAUGGGAUUUGUCACAAUAUGGCAAUCCAAAAACAUUAUUGCAAUGCCUUAUACCUGAUCUGUAAAGAAUUACUUUCGAAACUAAGUAUUUUGAAACUAAGUACGUUUGCACUCAGGCGUUGGCGGUGUAGUUCAGAGAAGAGCUUAGGUUGAUCUUGAUACAAGAUGAUUUUGUUACCUGGUAACUGGAGUUGCCAGUCAUUAGCUGUUGAUACUUCACAAUCAUAAUGCAAUGGGUGUAUCAAUAUUUGACAGUUACAUUUAGUUUUUUUCCUUAGCAACUUACAUUAUAAAAUCGUUAAGUGUUCUGAUUGAAACCAGGUUUACUGUUAAUGCAAAAUUCAACAACAUUCAAUGUCACUCAAAGACAAGGCAACACCUGAGUUGUGCUUCUUCUCUGUUCUUCUUUGGCUGUAGCACAAGUCUUUAUCGCCCAGCCCCAUUUGUGCAUAUGUGCCCACAUUAGGACACACACAAACAUUUGUUAUUUGUUCCAAUUUAUAAACCCUCUAUAAAUCCAAUUUAAACCCUCUAUAAAUCCAAUUUAAAGGGCCUAUACAGGGCGAUUUCAGUUAUCCCAAAAUAUAAUGACUUAGAGUUCAUGUUGUGGCAUUGAACCAGAACAUUCCAUGAUGUCUAAUACUGAUGUUCAUUAGUUAUAUUACUCAGCAGGGCCUGAAAGUAGCCUUAUAUCAAAACUUAACAUAUGCAUGCACACACACACACACAGCUUCCUAUUAAAAAUGUCAAUAAGGCAGCUGAUGUAGAGGCCAAGUGUUUCUGAUCAAUCAUUACAUUUAGUUACAUUCAGACCAGAAGGAUUUGUAAGAUAUUGUUAUUUUCCAGCCCCUGAAUCCGUUGUUUUGUGGGUCCUGUGUGGGAGGAGAGGAAUGUCCCCUAUAAUCUGAGGGGUUUAUGUCCACUGACCCGUUUAAUUCUAUCUCCACUUCACACCAGAUCUCUGCCUGGUUUCAUCUCCUCACCACAGUCUGUCUGUUUCGGCCUUUUGGCCAACUUCCUUUUACCGAUCAAAGCUCACAGGGUGUACGAGAGGGGAGAGAGAAAAAGCAAAGGCCAGACUCAUGAGGAUUUCUUGUUUUAAAAGAAUUAUCACUGACACUGUUUCUCUCUCGCACAUGGAGAAAACAAACAGCAAUCAGCUGGGCUAGUGUUGUUGACACACCUUUCACUUCCCCAUAUUGCUGAAAGACAUACGUCACUCAAAGACAAGCCGUGUCUUGUCUUCUCCGCUCCUCUUUUCCAGAACUCAAAGUGGCUUAUUAUUCAGUUUUAUGAUGCAGUUACAAAAAUGUUACGUCUCAUUUGUAUCUCAAUGUGAUAAGUGACUGAAAAUAUAUAUUCUGCUUGCAUUGCUUAUAUCUUCUUUCAUUGGGAUUUUGAUGUUAAAAUGUUACUCUGCUCUCAGACAAAUUUAUCAUUGACUGAAAUAACAACAUUAACUGAAAUGUCCUUUACCCUAAGCAAGAUAACAGCAAAUUUGUGUGAACUUGUUUUAUAUUGAAGUUCUAUAAAGUUUGUAAAAGUGAA